ACAUUGGCGAGUUAUGCCAGGGCUCCCGUGUUUUCAUUUUUUCUCUAGCUUCUCAGUAGUAAGCCAGGUCUCCUCGAUCUCCCCCCUUCUACCUCUUAUAUGAUCGCUCUUCCAUUAGAUUAGGGUUAGCUCUCUCUCCUUCAGACUCAUAGCUGUUUAGCUUUUACCGGCAUACCAUGGCCUCGGCGACCUCGUUCUUCUCCAUGGGUGAUAAGGAAAGAGGUGGAGACGAGGGAAAUAUUGUGAUAAAGGUAAAAUAUUGUGAUACCCUUAGGCGUUUCAGUGUUUACGUCCAUCGACAGCUCAUGAUCAUUGAUUAUGACAUGGAUAAACUCAGAACAAAAAUAUCUAGUCUCUUCAAUUUCAGUGAUGAUGCAGUUCUAGUUCUUACCUAUACUGAUGAAGAUGGUGAUGUGGUGGCUUUAGACAAUAAUGAUGAAUUGCGUGAUGCUGUUUUAAGUCAAAGGCUAAAUCCUCUAAGAAUAAAUGUUCAGCUAAAACCUUAUUCAACUGAUGGUUCUUAUUCAACUUAUUCACCUCUAAGAAUAAAUGUUCAGCUAAAACCUUAUUCAACUGAUGGUUCUUAUUCAAGACCAAACGGUGUGAGAAGUUCUGAUAAUAAUUCUGACAUAAGAUCUGAUUCAGCAAGUCCAUACCAUAGUAGGUUUCCUGGACUUGCAGUUGCAUUGAAUUCUACUGUUGAAAAGUCACUGAAGCCUGUUCCUGAUCCAAUUCGUGGAGUCCUCACAAAUAUUUCUCGUGAUGUGAUAAAAACUGCAUCAACUGCACCCGUUCUGAGCGAACUUCUGUCGCUCUUAUCAAAGAUGCAAAUUUCCAAUAUUUCUCAAUCUUCUCAGGAACAUAUUAGCAAACCAGUGGACAAGUCCUGUGGGUCACCUUCUAAGGUAGCAGACCUUAAUACCUUUGAUGAACCCAAAGUUUCAAUUGAUCUACAAAAUCAAUUACCCAAAGUCCCUGAAAAUACUCCAAAGAUGCCUGAAGUUGGUCAAUCGUGCCGUUGUUUGGGAUCCAUAAACUAUGCCACUGUGGAUUUUGAUCCGAAUAUGAGCAAUGAGCAUGGAAAGUCUGGGUUGGAUGUUGAGCCUCCCAUUCCAUUUGAUACUCUGGGUGGUGAUGCUACCGUGGGGAUUUUUGAGCCUUUUGACGAACCAAACCCCUUUGUUGCUUCAACGUUUAUGUGUGGAAAUGCCAGGACUGAGAGGCGGCCUUCUGAGGAUACUAGUCAGCUCCCGUUUGGUUUCACAUCUCAGGGUGAUGCCAUAGGAAACAGGCAUGCUGGUUCUUCUACAAAUCAUUGUUCUAAUACGAGACCUUCUGAUCUUACUAGUCACUGUCCUUUUAAUACAGUUUUCUUUCCCCCUAACAGUGAUUCUAGCUGCAAGGGAAUUACCUCGGGGAAAAGGCGUGGAGAUCCAACUUCAUUUUCUUGCCAUUCUCCAAUGCUACAUCCUUACAGGAGGUCAUCUAUUUGUCACGACCACCCAUCACGCACUUUCCACAAGGGUGUCAUAUGUGAUGGUUGUGGAAUGCACCCUAUUAUGGGACCAAGAUACAAGUCUACUGUGAAAGAAAAUUAUGAUUUAUGCAGUACUUGUUUCCGGAAUAUGGGCAAAGAAACUGAGUAUACUAGAAUUGAUUGGUCUGCCUUCCGUUUUCCUAAGCUAAAGAAAGACCACCACAAGCAUAAGCAUAGAAAUCGACUCUUAUCGAUGAUUGAAGCCCAUAAUAGGGUGAUGGUUCCAAGGUCAAAGCUUGGGAGUUGCUUCAUUCGAGAUGUAACUGUCUGGGAUGGAACUGUGAUGCGUCCUUCGUCUCAAUUUACAAAAAUAUGGAGGAUGCGCAACAAUGGUGCAAUUGCCUGGCCAUCUGGUACCCAACUUGUGUGGGUUAGAGGACAUCACUUGGGAAGCCAAAACUCAGCUGAAUUAGAGAUUCCCGAGAUGGGAUUUCCUGUGGAUGAGGAACUUGACGUUGCAGUUGAUUUUGUAGCACCAUUAGUGCUAGGUCAAUACACGUCAUACUGGCAGAUGAUGUCUCCUUCUGGUCAUAAGUUUGGAGAUGAAGUUUGGGUCGUUAUCCAGGUUGAUGAUAAACCAUUAGUAGCUUCUUCUAGUGCUGCCCCUGCUUUUCUCAACCUGAACUUGCCCCCUGAAAUUAGUUACCCGAACGAUGAAGUCAUGUAUACUGAUCCCUUGGAUUUCAUCGCUGCUGAAUCAGAAGAAAAUGCGUUGUUAGAGGAACUAUUAAAACCUGUGGGUCAUGAUAUGUUGAAGAAGGAUGGUGACUCAUUUCUGAAACCCUCUGGUGCUUCUUCUUUCAUUGAUUCCCCAGUAUUGCACAUUGAGGUCCCUAUAUCCUCUUCUCCAGUUCAAAAUCCUUCCAUUGAUGUCCAAGAAUCCUUGCCCCAAGUUCUGAAUCCUGUGAAUCCUUACAUGCCAAAUUCAGAUAAUACGUCGGCCUCAAGUGACAUUCUAGCUUCAUCUUUAAUAGUUUCCUCUGCAUCGCUCAUUGAGGACCCAAAAUCCUCUUCUCCUGUUUCAAACUCUGCCAUGGAUAUCCCAGAUCCUUUACCCCCAGUUUCAUAUCCUCUCAUUGAUAUUUACUAUCCAUCAAACCCUCCUCCAAAUUCCAAUCCCCCUCCUUCGGAUGUUCUCACUGAACAGAACACUGUAGAGCAAAGCUUGCUGAGAGAGCUUGAAGAGAUGGGCUUCAAGCAGAUUGACCUGAACAAAGAAAUCCUCAGGCAGAAUCAUUAUGAUCUGGAGCAAUCAGUGGAGCAUCUCUGUAGCUUUGAUGAAUGGGAUCCUCUUCUCAAAGAGCUGCAGGAAAUGGGUUUUAAUAACAGAGAGCUGAACAGGAAGCUGUUGUCAAAGAAUGGUGGAAGCAUUAAGCGAGUUGUAAUGGAGCUUAUUACUGGAGAGAAGGGUGAAUAGUUUCAGUAUAAAUAUUAAUAUGUGGUGGGUACAAGAUACUGUUUUUAUUAUCUGUUUAUCCAGCUUUGAUGUGUAAUUUAACUUGAAAUUGCACCCUUUACAUGUAUUUAAGUACUUGUUACAACUCUUGCUACGAUCUGGUAUUGUGUAAAUAUACGCAGUAGCUGCAUUCAAAA